AUGUCGGUGGCAGUCAGGGGGAAAAUCGCCGCUAAAUCGGAGUCUCGGAAAUGCGCAGCGCGUGCGUGCCGGCUGAUCCCGCACCUGCUGCUGUGUCUGUCUCUGGUCGCGUACGCGGCUCUGGGCGGGUUCGUGUUCGAGCUCAUUGAGGGUCCUGGCGGAGGUUCCGACCCGUCCAUCCAGCCCAAGUACCAGAGCUUCCUGCAGGACCUGGUCCAGACCGUCCAGAACCUGAGCGUUAACGUCUCCUACUCUCACGAUGACAUCGUCUCAGUGGUGGAGGGGAAAAUGCGAGCUGGAUUUCAGUCCACGUGGCUCCAGAGACCUGAACGCUGGGACUUCUUUGGCUCCAUGUUCUUCUGCUGCACCGUCUUCACCACCGUGGGUUAUGGGGAGAUCUACCCAGUUACCCUGACCGGUAAAGUGGUGUGUGUCCUGUACGCCAUGGUGGGCAUCCCUCUCAUGCUCCUGGUGAUCCUGGAUGUUGGAGACUUCAUGGCUCUGUUGAUGUCCAGAACGUACGUCCGGCUUCACUCCCUCUGCAAGGCCAUUCGCUCCCGCGCCCGGUCUCCAUGGAAACCUCGUACAUGUGCAGACUCGCUCCCCCGCCCCCUGGAGGACGGUACCUUUUUUUUCAGUCACGACGUUGUCGUCCGUGAACCUCUGGACAUUCGGGAAGUGUUGCACACCCAAAGGGGCGUCAGGCAGAAAUCCAUUCAGCUCCAAAACAACAAAGAGAUCUUUGAGAAGAUUCUGGCGAGGGAGAAUUUACUGAGAAAGAGCCCACUGCUCAGAAGCCUGUCCUGCCCAGAACUGGACCGCCUGCCCAAAGUACCCAAAGGAUUUGCCAUGUGGGACUUCUCUGGUUUAGGGGAUGGGAUGGAAACGCUGGAUGUUCCCUUCGUGUUGAUCCUUUUCAUUGUAUUUGCCUACAUUCUGCUGGGAGGUUUGAUUCUGCCCAUAUGGGAAACAGAGUUCAAGGGCUUUGACCCGUACUACUUCUGCUUCAUCACACUCACUACCAUCGGGUUUGGUGACAUCGUACCCAGUCACCCCAAAUACUUCAUGCUUACCUCGCUCUUCAUCAUUAUUGGCAUGGCCAUCAUGUCUAUGGCGUUCAAACUGAGCCAGUCACGAAUUGUGAGCUUCUACCGUCAGUGCAUCAAGUUUGUAGGCAGAGGAAACGUGAGUUCCAACAACCAGGAGAACGACUGA